AUGAAUAUUGAAGGGGAGGAGGUGAGGGUUGGGGGGGAUUUAGAGAUAGGGUGGGGGGGGAUAGGGGGUUUGGAAAUAUUGAGGGGGGGGGAUGUAGGGGGGAAUAUUUGGUGGGGGGGAGUGGGUAGGGGGGGGGUGGAUAAGGGUUGUGGGAUUGGUGGGGUUUGUGGGUAUGGGGCUGGGGUGUAUGUGAGGGGUGUGGGGGGGUGGUUGGUGGGGUGGGGGGUGGUGAUUUAUGGGGGGGGUGGGGAGGGUGAUGGUGAGUGUGUAGAGAGAUGA